AUGGGAACAAAGACGAUUCCAAUUGGUCGCCUACUUCCAGGAUAUCGAUGUGUGAUUCUUGAUGAUUUCUCACAACCUGUGUUUACUGGUCAAGAGGGUGAACUGUUUGUGGGAGGUGUGGGUGUCUUUGCUGGUUAUCUUGGACGUAAUGAAUUGACAAAGAAAGCACUUGUUGAUAUUGAUGGUGAACACUUCUAUCGAACUGGAGAUCUUGUACGCUUCGAUAGCCAUGGCCUACUGUAUUAUGUUGGUAGAAAAGAUCAUCAAGUGAAACUACAUGGACAACGCAUUGAACUUGGUGAAAUCGAAAGAUGUUUGCUUCAAGCAUCAUCAGGCGUUUCUCAUUGUGUGGUGGUCAAGUAUGAUGAUGAUCACUUGGUUGCCUAUAUUCAAAGUAAUAAUAUCAAUGAGAAACAACUUCGACAAUAUUGCGAAUCUCAUCUACCAUCUUUUAUGAUACCAUCCAUGUUUAUCGUACUCGAACAGUUGCCAUUGAAUGCAAAUGGAAAAUUGGAUCGAAAACGACUUCCAACACCCAAUUUUGCUGCACUACCCUCAUGUAGCGUAUCGACAAAUAAUCAAAAUAAUUAUAUUCAACCAAGCAAUGAAAUCGAAACAUCUAUUCAUAAACUUUGGUGUGAAAUCUUUCAAUGCAAACAAAUUUCAACUACCGAUAGUAUUUUUACUAUUGGUGGUCAUUCACUGAUUCUUAUUCAAAUUUAUCAUCGAUACAAAUCGAUAUUCAAAUUUCAUAUUCAUAAUCUAAACAUUGCACAAAUCUUUCAAUAUCCAACAAUUCAGGAUCAUGCUCGUUUCAUCGAACAAUCAUUGGAUUUAGAACAAUGUCAUGAAAAAUCUUGGCUUUCUCUAAACAUUUCUCAAGGGCAAGUAUCUUUUGCACAAGAGCGAAUCUUUCUUGAUGAACAGAUUCGUUUUGCAUCAAAUGGCAAUCAAAUGUAUAACAUUCCAUUAGUAUAUCGUAUUUCAUCCAGUGGAAAAUCUUUAUCUAUUUUGAGAGUACAACGAGCACUUCAAGCAAUUGUUAUGAAGCAUAGCAUUCUACGCACAGCACUUCUACUUCAUACAAAUGGAAUAGUCAUGCAAUCUGUUACUGAAAUCGAUUCUUUAGAUAUAAAUUAUCAAGAAUCAUUUGGCUUUACAAUACUUGACACUAAUGAUGUAGAAAAUGCAAUUUAUGAGACGAUUCGUCGAUCUGAUCUUUUUGAUUUGACCAAAGGACGAGUGCUUCAUUGUUAUAUUAUUCGUGAUUGUUCUUCAUCCUUAGAAAAUGUAGAUUUACUGAUGAAGAAUGAUAUCAUCUUAUUCAAUAUUCAUCAUUCAGCAUUUGAUGGAGCAUCUACUUCAAUAUUUCUUCGCGAUCUUUCACUUGCAUAUAAUCUUGAUGCUCAAUUGCCAUUUGACAGUAACAUGUUGCAAUACAUUGAUUAUUCGGUUCAUGAACGUCAAUUAGACAUGACGAAAUCUCGUGACUUUUGGAAUGCACAACUUGAUGGAUAUGAUAUGGAAAGUCGUUUGUUAUUACCAGUCGAUCGACAUCGAUUAUCUAACAAUCAACGAUCUGGUCGAGCAUCAGUAGCUGAAAUUUCAUUCGAUGAACAUUUGUCUCAUUCAUUUCUUACUUAUGCUUCUUCACACAAUGUGACACCUUUUCAACUUGGUCUUGCUGUCUUCUAUACUUUUCUAUUCAAAGUAAGCAAUGGACAACAAGAUUUGUGUAUUGCUGGUGUCAAUGCUAAUCGAUAUCGAAUAGAAUUACAAGAUUUGAUUGGAAUGUUUGUUGCUACACUACCAUAUCGUAUUCAAUUAGAUCCAACAAGUUCAUUUGAGAAACUCGUUGAACAAGUUCGAGAUUUAUGUUUAUCAAUUCUUGACCAUUCACAUUAUCCACUUCAACAGAUCAUUGGUAGUCAUCAUUCGCCAGCCUUUCUAGAGACAAUGUUCGACUUCAUCACUAUUGACUCAGACAUUGAACACGUCGAACUUGAUGGAGCAAUGCUCGAGCCAGUGUCUUUAGAAAAAGGUGAUUUUGUGGCGAAAUUUGACCUGAUGCUCAUGUUUGUGCACAAACUCUCCGGUGGUAUUACAUUUUCUUUGACAUGUUCACAAGAUCUAUUCGAUGAAACGACUGUUCAAUUGCUAGCCGAACGAUUUUCAUAUCUUUUGGAUCAACUCUUCGAACCGAAUCAAACGUUGGCCAAGCAACCAUCACUUCAUCAAUUAUCUAUUGUUCUUCCUCAAGAACAUGUACUAAUUCAUACACUAAAAACCAAUGAUAUCAAUCGAUCAUUAGCUAUAUUUAAUACAGUUCCACAAUCAUUUAGUCAAGUAGCAUUUUCUCAUUUACAAAAAGUAUCUGUUGAACUUGAUGAACAAGCAUUGACAUAUGGUGAGCUUCUCUUCUAUGUCCAACAAUUUGCUCUUCUUCUUAUCAAUGUAUAUGGUGUCAAAGAAGGUGAUGUUGUUUGUCAAUGUGUCGAACGAAGUUUGUCAAUGGUGAUUGGAAUCAUGUCAAUUCAAAUGGCUGGUGCUUCCUAUUGUCCUUUAUCACCACGUGAUCCAUUACAACGUCUCUACAGUCUAAUAGAAGAGACUCACAGUCAUAUUAUUCUAGUUCAUCAAUUGACUCAAAAUAAAUUUCAAUUCAAUAUUCCUAUGAUUGAUAUUGAUGCAGCAAUCAACACAGAGAAUAUGCUGAAUGAUAUUGAUCUGAGUCGUCUGACUAAUGUUACUAUGGAUCGUGAUAGUAUAGCUUAUGUUCUUUUUACUAGUGGUUCGACAGGCACACCAAAAGCAGCUCAAAUUCGUCAUCAAAAUUUCAUUGAAGCAAUUCGUUCCAUCAGUGAAGUCGGUAUACUCAGUGAAGAAGAUACUGUUGUUCAAAUGACGCCAUGCUCAUUCGAUGGACAUCUAGAAGACAUUGUAGGAACAUUGAUUGUUGGUGGUACAUUAGUAAUGCUUCGUCCUCAUGGCCAUAUGGAUUUCGAAUAUCUUAGCAAUGUCCUCAUGGUGCAUCAGAUAACUUACAUGGAUAGCGUUCCUACUCUGCUCGCUGCCUUGUUCAGUUACGUUAGAGGAAAUAGCAAUAUUGAUAUAUUGAGAACACUACAAACAGUUUGCUCUGGUGGUACGUUUUUCGAUAUUCCUUGA